AGUACCCAACUCCUACACUAUAUAAACAAGAAUCCCAUAACAAUGCAAUAAAAAUCCAAAAACCCUAAUAUGGCUAUUCCCACAGUUGAUCUCUCACCUUUCUUCACUGACGGUGGUGAUGACGAGGAUGAGAAGGCGGCUGCAGUAGAGAUUAUCAAGCAGGCUUGCUCCGACCACGGCUUCUUCCAAGUUGUAAACCAUAACGUACCCCUUGAUCUCAUGAGCCGAGCGAUGCAGCUUUCCAAGACGUUCUUCGCAUUUCCAGCUGAGGAGAAGCUCAAGUACAGUCCAGGGGCAGCUGCGCCUCUUCCAGCCGGCUACAGCAAGCAGCCAGACCGUUCGCCUGAUAAGAACGAGUACCUCUUGAUGUUUCAACCACAAUCCGGCUUCAAUGUUUUGCCCAGCGAUCCUCCUCAUUUCAGGGACGUGUUAGAAGAGAUGUUCAACCAUUUAAGACAGACGGGUGAAGUUAUAGAGAAAAUCGUGAACGAUUGCUUGGGGCUGCCUCCGGGUUUCUUGAAACAGUACAAUCAAGACAGAAGCUGGGAUUUCAUGGCUGCCCUGCGCUACUUUCCGGCGACUGAAACAGAAAACAUCGGCAUAACUGAGCAUGAAGAUGGAAAUUGCAUUACAUUGGUAGUCCAGGACGAAGUUGGAGGGCUUGAGGUUAAAAAUGACCAAAAUUGGAUACCCGUUGUGCCUUGCCCUGGCACGAUAGUUGUCAACUUAGGCGACGUUAUUCAGGUAUUGAGCAACAAGAAAUUCAAGAGUGCUACUCAUAGAGUUGUGAGGAGUAGAGAAAGAAGCCGUCACUCUUUCGCCUUUUUCUACACCGUGGAGGGCGAUAAGUGGGUCGAGCCGUUGCCUGAGUUCACACGGGGGACCGGGGAGGCGGCCAAGUACAGGGGAUUCAUGUACAAGGAUUACCAGGCAUUGAGGAUGAGGAACAAGACUCAUCCACCUUCCAGGCCUGAAGAUGCCAUCACCAUUGCUCAUUAUGCUAUCUCUACUUGAUUCAUCAUCAAACUUUGUAUUCAAUUGAACUGUCAUUUGACUAAAAUAUAUUUUGAAAAUAGAUUGAUAUUUUACAAGCAACCAA